AUGCCUCGCCAACACUCCGACACCCUCACCGAGGCAGAAAAACAACUCCACGACCAAAUCAACAUUCUCCCCAAGCGACAGCUCAUCUCCUGCUUGGGGAUCGUAUCCCUAGCCGCUCUGCUCUCUUUCAUCGACCAAAAUGGCAUACCAAUAGCUUUGCCCACCGUUGCUGCCGACCUCGAUGCCCGGGACACCAUAUCCUGGGCUGGCACUUCCUCUCUCCUUGCCAAUACUGCCUUCCAGAUGCUAUAUGGCCGGUUGUCAGAUAUAUUCGGCCGGAAGUCUAUCUUCAUCACGGCUCUACUACUUCUCGCUAUCGCCCAGCUUGUUUGUGGCUUCAGCAGUGGCCCAGCUAUGUUUUACGUUUUCCGCGGCCUGGCGGGCAUCGGCAUCGGCGGAAUCACCAAUCUUAUCAAUAUUAUCAUCUCGGAUGUGGUGACAUUGGAUCAAAGGGGCAAGUAUCAAGGCAUCAUAGGGAGCAUGGUUGGCCUGGGGAGCGUCAUAGGACCCUUUCUUGCCGCAGCGUUCAUCUCAAGGGCUACCUGGAGAUGGUUCUUUUGGACGCUGGCGCCUAUUGGCGUAUUGACCGCAUUGCUGGCGUACCUCUAUCUGCCAUCCAGGGUUCCUGAAACGACAUUCAAGGAGGGUGUCAAGAAGAUUGAUUAUUUGGGCACGUUGACCUUAUCGACCGGCACAAUCUUCCUACUCAUUCCUAUCUCGGGCGGCGGCGCCUACUUUCCUUGGGACUCACCCAUGGUGAUCUCUAUGCUUGCCAUAGGCCUUGUAUCAAUGUUUCUAUUUGUGAUUGUAGAGUGGAAGGUUGCCGACCUCCCAAUGAUUCCUGUAACUGUAUACCGCAAUCCUACCAUCGUCCUGCUCCUGGCUCAGAGCUUCCUCCUUGGCUUUGUAUAUCAGUCCAUGAUAUAUUACAUCCCUAUCUACCUCCAGAACGCUCGCAGAUUUACCCUGAUCAAAUCCGCCGCCGUCUUCGUUCCUCUGGUCGGCAUCCAAGCAGUCAUGUCCACUCUCUCAGGCCUUUGGAUCACUCGGUUCAAACUCUACGCAGUCGUUAUCCGUUUCGGCUUCGGCAUAUGGACCCUUGGUGCUGGGCUGGCUUUGCUUUAUGACAGGCAUAUAAGUGCGGGUAUAAUAAUCUUAGGCCUUCUCAUCAUCGGAGUUGGCGUGGGCUGCGUGUUUCAGCCGACCCUCGUUGCCAUGCAGGCUCAUUCUACCAAGGCUAGGCGGGCCAUCAUCAUAUCAAGUCGUAACUUUAAUCGCUGCGCCGGCGGCGCAUGUGGUCUCGCCGUUUCGGCGGCGGUCUUGCAAGCACGGCUUCGAGUAACGCUCCCGGCGGAGUACUCCUACUUGGCUGAGUCCACAUACUCCUUGCCUGAUCUCAAGGGCGGAAUUCCACCGUCAGUGAUGGAUGCGUACAUGGUAGGCAGUCAUAUGGUGUUCAUCUUGCAAGUACCACUCAUUGGGCUGUGCUUCUUGGGCUCCAUGUUUAUCAGGGACAGGGGUCUUGCCGCAAAAGAUGAACGACCAGCAACCGACAUGCUUGGUCACCGCGAUGAAUAA